AUGGCAUCCGGAAAAGCAGCCAGAGUCCAGCUCAGCGACGACGAGGUCGACGACAUCCUCUACCUGGCCCGCACAAACGAGAGCGCCGAGCUUCAAGAGUACCUUGGUCAAUUGUCACAACAACACAGCUGCAGCAUUGCUGCUCUGCUCGAGAGCAGUGUCGACGAAGACAACGGCAACACACCUUUCCAUUACUGCGCUGCAAACGGCUAUGCUGACCUUCUCAAAACACUGGCAUCACAACUCGAGCCCUCGACAAAAACCGAAGUUUUGAGCCGCAAGAACGAGGCCGGCAACACAGCAUUGCACUGGGCAUCCGUAAAUGGUCACGUUGAGGCCGUCAAGGUCCUCAUCGACAGUGGUGUAGACGUCUGGGUCAAGAACGCUGCUGGACACCUUCCAGUCUUCGAGGCCGAGCGCGCAGAGAAGGACGAGGUUGUUGCAACAUUGUUGAUUGCCGGAGGAAAGGAAGACGAGGAAAAGUCAAGAGCACAAGAGGGUGAAGCUACCGAGGAAGACAAGGCUGACGUCGAGGGUGUGACCAGUCAGAUGGGCGAGUCAAGCCUGGAGAAGUGA